AUGUUGAACCGAUAUAGAGCCCUUAACUGCUAUCUUGAAAUUGGGCUUGCUCGGAAACCUUACAAAUACUUCUGGCAAGAUUCCAAGUACUCACCAUUGCCUGGCUUCAACUUUUCCAUUUUAAAGAGUCGAAUCAGAAAUCAAGUCCCUUCCCACUCCUAUAAAAUGAACUCAGAGGCUGAUUAUCAGAAAAUGACUAUUCCACAUUUGAAAGAAGAAUUAACGAAACGUGGAAUCACUCCAGACCCGAAAGCCAAAAAGAGCGAGCUUAUAAAACUGCUGCAGAAGGCUGAAGAAGAUGCUAUCCUCAAUCACAGUGAAGAUGGCGGAUAUGGUGAUCCUCUGUCCACACCAGACGAGGAUCUAUUGAACGAUGACGUGCUUAACGAUGUGCUACCUGAGAAACUGAUCGAUGAAGUUAGCGAACCCACUAAAGAAGAAGAAAAGCCUGCGCCUCAAUCUCCAGCUAAGAAUGAAAAGCCCAAACCUGCUGCUAUAACUCCGCCUCAUGAUCCUCUCGCUCUCGAUGCAAAACUGAAACGUGCACAACGCUUCGGUCUACCAGUUGCCGUCACAGAUCCACUUGCUAAAGCGAAAAGAGCUGAACGAUUCGGACUUGCUGUUGUAACAUCCGCGUCCGAAAAGGAAAUGAAAGCGAAAAGAGCUGAGAGAUUUGGAUUAACUGGACAGACAUCACCUGGAGCCAGAGUUUUAGCCAACGCAGAUGAAGAAACUAAAAAGAAACUCUUGAUAAGAGCCCAAAGGUUCGGUUUGCCAGUGAAUGAUAAAGGAAAAACAACGGCACCGCAGGAAGCAGUGAAAGCCCCAGCCAAGAAUGUUGGAUUGAAAACCAGCGCUCCUGAUAUGGAGGCAGAGGCAGAAAUUGAAGCUUUGCGAUCAAUUUUUGGCGAUGAGAUCUCGGUUAAUUCCAACCCUGAUCGUUCACUGACGAUCGUGAGCAAAAAGGUUCGACCAAAUGAUGAGGAGGGUGUUUCAUCGGCAUCGAUUGUGGUCGAAUUUGAAUUGGGACCAAAGUAUCCGGAAGUUUCACCGAAAGUGCAAUUUUUAAAUCCACGGGGAAUUUCCGAGCAGUCGCAAUGCCAGCUCGUCGAGGAAGUGACUGAGCGACUCAGAGAGACCGUUGGAACUCCUGUUAUGUUUGAUAUUCUACAGCACUGUGCUGACUUUAUUUUGGAGCAUCAGCAUUCAUCAUCCUUAGCCUGUCCAAUUUGCUUGUGUCCAUUGGCAUCAACUAGUGUUUCGGCUACACCUUGUGACCACUAUGCCCACUCUGAGUGCCUCGAACAGCAUGUGGAGCACACUCGAAGGCAGCUAGGGGAGAAGCUUGCUGCUAGAGGCUUCAAAAUGUGUGACGACAUUGACAGGUCUCUGCGAUGCCCCGUCUGUAGAGUGGUAAUAGAAGAAAAAGUGGAACCCAUUCUUCAACCUUCUCCACCACCUGGUCGUAGAAGACGUGUCAGCCUGAAAGAGCGUGAAACCACUCCAGUACGUCGUCUUGUUCAACAAGAAUCACUCACCGACUUUGACUUUGACUGGGAACGAUGGCGACAACAACAAGCAUCUCUUAUGAUUAUUUAUGAGAAGCAGAAGCGUAAAGGUGGUAUUAUCGAUCUUGAAGAAGAACGAAAGAAGAAUCUCGUCACUGAGGGCACGGUAGUGGUUCUUGCAAAUGAGGUGGAAGGCCUAGCCGUCGAGCCUUCUGUAUCAGGACCACCGCAAACGAACGAGGAAAUUCAGUCUGAACAUGUGGAGUUGGAUGUCCCACCAGGAUUCGAGAACAUACCGCGUGGUGAUCAAGCUCCACAUGACUCACACAAACGAGGCACUCAUGUUCAACGUGGUCGAGGACGGGGUAGACGUUUCAAUGACGGUCAUUAUUAUAGAGGAGGAAGUCGAGGGAGAGGAGGUUAUCGUGAGCAGCAUACCGAUCAGAAACAACGAGGCGCUACCGAGAUCGAAGCGAAAGCUCAGAAUGCACCGAAAUCGGCACCUCCGUAUAAACAAACAACAGAUGAAGCGAGUUCAUCAAUUCAGCAACAUCGGGAAGCUGUUCAAUCGUCCUCUGGCCCACGACGUUAUCCUCGUCACUUUGGUCGCUAUCAUAAAGCGGGUUAUAGUGCUCGUAAUGAUGCUGAACGGGCUCCUCCUGUUUUAUCGGAGCAUUGA